AUGACCUAUUGCUAUGAGGGCGAUGCUUACAUUGCGGAGGUAAAGAGGCGGCUAGUCGAGUAUGACCCAGACCCUUCGGAAGAGGUGAUCGUCCGUAUCAUGCAAGAGUUGGAUGAGGAGAACCAAGCAGCACGGGAAUGUGAGUUCAGAUUGUGA